CAUUAACCACUUCACCAACCAAACCUCUCAUCUCAUCAUCGGUUUCACUCGGCGGUACUCUACUCACCUGCACGCACGCACGGCAUAUCCUAUCCAGUAUCCACAUCGAUCGAUGGCUCCGCCGCUCCUCCUCGCACUGCUCCUCGCGGCGGCCGCCGUCGCCCUCGCAUCCUCGGCGGCCACCGUGGUGUUCCCCAAGGAGGCGCUGCCGACCAGCUCGGGUUACCUCUCCGUCGACCCGUCCGCCAACGCCUCCCUCUUCUACGCCUUCUACGAGGCCAGCGCCCCGCUCGCCGCCGCGCCGGCCGACACGCCGCUGCUCCUCUGGCUGCAGGGAGGGCCCGGCUGCUCGGGCCUCGUCGGCGACCUCUUCGAGCUCGGCCCCUACCUCGCCGCCCCCGACGGCGCCUCGCUCUCCCGCAACCCCUUCGCCUGGAACCGCCGCUUCGGGCUGCUCUUCCUCGACAGCCCGCUCGGCACCGGCUUCAGCGCCGCGCCGUCGCCCGCCCUCAUCCCCACCAACCAGACCGCCGUCGCCGCGCACAUCCUCGCCGCCCUCCAGUCCUUCUUCGACGCCAGCCCGCCCUCGUUCCGCAGGCGCCCGUUCUUCCUCUCCGGCGAGAGCUACGCCGGCAAGUACGUGCCGGCCGCCGGGGCGCACAUCUUCGCCGCGAACCCGACGCUGCCGGCGGGGCGGAGGGUCAACCUCCGCGGCGUGGCCAUCGGGAACGGGCUCACGCACCCGGUCGCGCAGGUGGCCACGCACGCCGACUCGGCCUACUUCACGGGGCUCAUCAACGCGCGGCAGCGCGGGGAGCUGGAGGCGCUCCAGGCGGAGGCGGUGGCGCUGACGAAGGCCGCGCGGUGGCGGGAGGCGUCGGACGCGCGGGGCCGCGUGCUCGACUGGCUGCAGAACGCCACGGGCCUCGCCACGCUCUACGACUACGCCAAGCAGCGGCCGUACGCGUCGGCGGGCGUCGGCAAGUUCGUCAACCGGCCGGAGGUCAAGGCGGCGCUGGGCGCGCGCCCGGACGUGACGUGGGAGGAGUGCAGCGACGCGGUGGGCGCGGCGAUGCACGAGGACAUCAUGAAGAGCGUGCUGCCGGAGGUGGAGGCGCUGCUCCGGCAGACGCGCGUGCUCCUCUACCAGGGCAUCCGCGACCUCCGGGACGGCGUCGUGUCGCAGGAGGCGUGGAUGAAGGAGCUGCGCUGGGGCGGCCUGCGUGCGUUCCAGGACGCCGACCGCGCCGUGUGGCGGACCGGCGAAGGGGACGGGCAGGAGCUCGCCGGUUACGUGCAGCGGUCGGGGGCGCUGACGCAUGUGGUGGUGUACGGCGCUGGGCACCUCGUGCCGGCGGACAAUGGGCGCGCCACGCAGGAGAUGAUUGAGGGCUGGGUCACGCAGACGGGCGUAUUCGGCAGCGGCAUGAGGUCGCGCGGUCUGCUGCCGGCCGGCAACCCAAACCAGGCGACGGCGACCUAAUGCUUCCAGCUUGAAAAAGCUACUUUCUUGCUGUGACGAAAAUGGUUCAGUAAUAAUGAAUUUUCUUGUACUGAAUAUCGGUCGUAUCAUCGGAAAAAUUGAUUCUACAAAAAGAAUGAUUCUACUACGAAAAUCAGAGCUAACAGACUCAAUCUCGUUAGUGACAGAUUAAUUUACAACAAAAUUGAUGUACAAAAAACAUACAAAAGGGCAUUGACUUUUGCCCUACCAAUGUUUGGAAAUGACAGAUGAAAAACAUAAGAAUGA